ACUGCUUUACGCAACCAGCAUAUGGUGGUCCAUUGGGGACAUAAGACGUAUAUCUGUGACGUAUGCGGUAAAGGAUUUAUGAGUCGUAAACAUUUUAAAGAUCACACGAAGAUACAUGACGGAGAGCAACCUCACAAAUGUGAAACCUGCGGCAAAGAUUUCAUCUACUACAGGAGUUUAGUUCGACAUAUGCUUGUGCACAUAGACCUUAGAGAAAGACCAAAACCAUAUAAAUGUGAAUAUUGUAACAAGGAGUAUACAGAAGUGACUGGCUUUAAACAUCAUAUGAGAGCUGUUCAUACAGGUGAAACACCAUUCCAGUGUGACAUAUGUGGUGAGUCAUUUCAUCGUAAUGAUAAAUUGAAACGUCACAUUAAGUCUCGUCAUCACGUUGCCAAGGGCAACAAGGAGUUAAUAGUGACAACAAGACGUGCAUCACAUGGAUUUCCAGUCAUUGUGAAAGCUGAGAAUGAACAUCAAGAAGAUUUAUUAGAAAUUGUGGAGGGAAAUGAAGUGGAGGGAGGACAAAAUGAGCUACAUGUAGAUGUAAUUCAACAAGAAAAUGAUGGGCAACAACAAGUAUACCUUAUAGGCUUAGGACAAGGAGGGGAGGCAGCUUAUUUACAGGAAACACAAGUGAUUGAAGGUCCUGAUGGCACAAGAUAUAGUAUAGCAGGAUCAGGCGAGGAACUACAAGUUAUUGAGUCUUCUAACUUACAAGUUACUGAGCAUGUUCAGGAGGGUGGGAUUGUAGAGGGAGGAGUUAUACAGCAGAUACAACAAGUGGAACAUAUUAAGGAUUCUAGUAGUGGAAAUAUUUUGGUCAUGAACGAUGGUGAAGAACAGACAUUAAGUACAUUAGCAAACAUGGCGAGUGAAGCUUCAGUGGUUAAAUUAGAUUAGAAUACUAUCAUCAUGGUUAUUUUUUGACAAGUUUUAACUGGUUAUUUGUUAGAAAAACAUGUUGAUAUUUUUUAUUGAAUGUUAAAUCUUAUAUCAUGUACUUUAAAAGAAGAGAACAAACAUAAAGAGAUUGCCUACAUAUCCAUUGGUACGUACAUAGAGGAAAUUCAUGUUUUUGUGUCACCUUGAAAAAGUCGUCAUAUAGGGUUACUUUUGUUGGUGGCAGUGUCGCGGCGUCCCCAUAGUCUUGCUUCUUACAUGCUUCGUUCAAUGACCUGAAGAGCAGUGCAUAAGAAUCGGUACUUUGCACUUCUUAUGUUUUGAGUUAUUGCCCUUUGAUAAUUUUCAUACUUUAUAAUUGUCCGGGACAUUUCAAAUUCUCCUUAACUAUAACUAGCUAUGGACAUGAAUCUUCAUAGGAUAAUAGAUCUCAUUUAGAAGAAGUGCAGUGCUUUAAAGCCAGUACUCUGUACUUCAUGAUUUUCGAGUUAUUGCCAUUUGUUGAUUUUAAUACUUAAUUUUUGUCCAGGCCAAAUCUCCUACACUUUAAAAGCUAUUGACUUGAAACUUCAUAGGAUAAUGGAUUUCAUUGAGAAGAAAGCAGUGCACAAGAACUUAUACUCUGCACUUAAUGAUGUUUGAGUUAUUGCCCAUUCAUUUUCUUACUUAAUACGCUUGUCUAUAGCAUAACUUAGUCACUAUAAGUUUGACUCCAAAUUUGGUAUGUAAGCUUUUUUCAUUGACCUGAAGUGCAGUGCUAAAAAGUCCAUCAGAGUCUUGUCAGUGUAAAACUUUUCCAUGUUUUUUUUUUAUUUUUGAUAAUAAAACAGUUUUAUUCAUCCUGAUGUAACAUCCUUACAAUCAGUUCAAAAAGCCACUAAUGUUAAAUGUUAUAUAUAACCUCUAUUUAAGAAGAAAAUGCCUAACUGGCAGCUAAACAGUUGACAAGGCAACACAUCCAACUCGCAGAGUUCUAGUUUCUAUGAAAAUAUGAUUUAUUUUCAUCGAAAGAUAUGAAAAUAAAAUUCAUAUUUUAUAAGUGAUGUUGUGUACUGCCUGAAUUUAAAAGAAAGAAGUCUGGAAUUAAACGCAUUUUAUUUCAUCAAUAUUUCAUUUAAAAGUAUUAUAAUAAAACCUGUUAUCCUUACUUAAUCAAUCAUUUGUGAAAAAAAAGCCUAUUGUUAUGUAAAUUGACAGUGUAAAUGUUAAAAAUCAUACUAUGUUUGUUGAUUAUAAUUCAUAACAGUAUAAAAUAUGGAGUAUUUAUUUCAAAUGUAUAUUUGAUUUUGUGAUUACAUAAAUUUAAACUGAUUAAAUUCUUUGGGUACAUGCAUAUAUAUUCUGUGCUAAGAUCAAAUAAAAUCAAAUAAAUGUUAGAGUGAUAGUCAUCUCAUAGCAUUGUGAGUGUUUAUUUUACCUGACAUAUUAAUGUGUUUAUCCUUACUAUUGAAUGAAAAGAAAACAUGAUAAAAUUACGUUUUAAUUUCUUAUAUUUUUAUCAACAACUAUAGUAUAAAAUCACCGACUUCUAAAAGAUGGGUACAUGUCCAUAUCGUUAGUAGACACGUGUGUUUCUGCUCAAUAACCAAGGCCCAGUAUUCAUGUUUUUAUAAAAUUAUUGCUUUUAUUAAUUUAUACAGAAAGUAUUAUAACUUGAUUGUUUAAAAAGCUAUAAGCUUAUAGACAAACUCUCUUAUUCAACCAGUACUACAGGUAAGCAAUUUGUCUAAAGUUUCUCGCUCAAGGGGAAAAGACACCUAUUGUCAUAGGUGCAGCUGCUGUUAUUAUUGAUAUAUUUAUUUCAGUCUCAAAUAUAAUAAUAUAUUUACACAUCAGUACUUCAUAAUAAAAUAUACAUAAUCAAUUUAUAUCAGAUUUAAAAGAGACUUGUCGGCUAUAAAAAAAACAACAAUUCACCUAAAAAGCUACAAUGACAAUAUUUCCGCUAUAUAAAUAGAACAGUAAUAAGACACAUCUAUUGUUUAAAAAGUUGACAUUUUAUAAUUACAUUGUCACAUGUUUUUUAUUCUUCACUUGCCGAUUCCUCAGUGGUUAAAACAAUUAAAUAUCGCUUAUACAUUUUUUCAAUGGCAAGUCUUUAUAUAUUGUAUAUUAUAUAUUAUAUAUAAUAUAACACACUUUGCAUGUUUUGCCGGACUGAUAUUUUUUAGAUACAUGAUUUAUUUAACAUUGAUAUACACAAUUAUUUCAUCAUAUUGUAUUAGCUAAUAUGUUGAAUAGAUACAUUUCCUGCAGUAAAGAGUAUUGCUAAAUUCUAUUUUCUUUGU